AAAAUGUCGAUAUCGCAUGAUAAAAGCAAAGCGCUAGUUAUUGACGAAGCGCUGGAAAGGACGGGAUCUGGAAGAUUCAAUAUUUGUAUAAUUCUAUUUUCUGGGAUGGUGCUUAUAAAUGUUGUGCUCGAAGCAAUUGGUAUUAGUUUCGCACUGCCGGUUUUAGAGUGCGAUUUGAAUUUGUCACACCAAGAGGCGGGCGUAUUGGGGGCUGUGUCCUUUGCCGGCGUCAUAGCGAGUUCACACUUUUGGGGAUUUUUAGCCGAUACAACGGGUCGCAAGCGUAUAAUACAACCGGCUCUUUUACUUGGAUAUAUUGCCACCAUAUGCUCAAGUCUGUCUCCUAAUUUUAUAACAUUCGCCAUUUUGCGAUUUUUAAAUGGAAUAUUAGUUUCGGCUGGUUCGGCAACAAUAUUUGCUUACGUCGGCGAGUUUCACUGCCAUAAACACCGUAAUCGCGCAAUACUUGGUAGUGCUUUAAUAAGUGCGACUGCCGCUAUAUUCUUUCCCAUCAUCGCAUUUGUUUUCAUCAACCAAGACUGGGAGUUUUACGUACCAUACAUCAAUAUAACUUUCAAACCAUGGCGUUCCUACAUACUCGCCUGUGGUUUACCAGGCUUUCUGUGUGGUUUAGUAAUGUUCUUUUUGCCGGAGAGUCCAAAGUAUUUGCUUUCAUCGGGAAGAGCAGAUAAAGCCGUGGAGGUGCUAGAGCGAAUAUACCGAAUAAAUUCGAAAAAUAACGCUACAGCGCCCAUUUUUCAAGACAUUUCCUUGCUACCAGAUGCCGAUACACCGAUUGUGAAAAAACAGGAAGUCGAAAAGGUAAAUGUAAUAGUGUCCAUAAUGAAAUCGAUGUGGAAACAAACAGCGCCACUUUUUAUGAGAGAACACAUACGAAAAACACUCCUAUCUAGUAUCAUAUUGUACAUCUUAUUUUUUAAUGCCCAUGGCGUAUAUAUCUGGUUCCCGUACAUCGUUAACCUUACAAUAAAAUACACAGAGAAAACUUCGGAACCGGAAAGCCUUUGUAACAUUAUCGAAAUCGCACAAUCGGGAAAUCUUACAGUCGCAAAUGACAAUGUGGAUAGCUGUGUUACGCACUUGGAACUUUCGACAUAUAAACACACUUUAUUUCUGGAAUUCAUUUAUGUAUCGCUACUGUUAAUAGUUAUGUAUGCCAUCAGCAAAUUUGGUCGAAGGCCCAUUCUUUUUGCGAUUCUCUUUGUAAGUGGAGCUUGUGGCGUUGUGGCUUUCUCUAUCAAAUUGCCUCUUCUGGCUAUAUACCUCUUUGUGGUUAACCUUUGCUGUGGCCUGGGCACUACAGUGGUCAAUGCAAUUGUAGUGGAAAUAUUUCCAACGAAUUUAAGAGCUAUGGCGGUUUGCAUUUCUCUCAUGAUUGGUCGUAUUGGCAGCGUCUCUGGAUCUAGUAUUUUGGGUGCACUCAUCAAGACACAUUGUGAAUUAGCUCUCUUCAGCCCAUCAGUGGCGCUUAUAAUUGCGGGCGUUUUGGGCUUGUUUGUACCAAAAGCAAACGUGUCAACAAAAGCAAAAGAUGACGCAGAAAAUAGCGCGUAGUCAAAGCCUGGCAGGGGUUAAUACCAAAAUACGUACAUACA